AUGAAACGGCUUAUCAUGAUCUUAGAAGUAAUUGUUCUUUCUGAUUUGUAUAUAAAAGGCGGGAACUUGCUUGCCCCGUUGCAUUUUCUUCAAUGUGUUUCUAAAAUGCAAGUUGUGAAAGUCCUUUGGGCUUUUCUUUGGAUCCUUCCUCAGGCCCUGGCAACGGAUUCUUGUGCAGGACAAUCGUUUGGAUCCAGAGCAGUUGACCUCGAAGAUCCCCAGUCGUAUUAUCUCUGCCUGGGUUUCCUUGGCCAUAUAAAAAAUACAUGCAAUGAUGGAUAUUUGUUUGAUGAUCAGACGCAGGGAUGUGUGAUUAAUAACCAGCCAACCCCAAAAACACUUCAAGCCCCAAAAAAGAAUUCGGAUAAAAGUGAAAUUAGCAUCACACAAAAUGUGAACGUGGACAGACCAGUUAUUUUUAACAUCUUUGGAAACUUCAAUUUAUUUGCAAGUCUAUGGGGCAGCUCCGAGAAUACGACUUCUUCGCCCCCGAAAUCCAGCCCAAUUUCUCAUCUGCAAUUACUUUAUGGAGCUGAGGAAAUUGACCAGUUAUCCUCCAUAAAUGCAACAACUCCCGGGCCCCUAGAUAAUUCUCUGGGCAAGUCUACUGAGAAUAGCAUAUUAAGCUCAGAAGCUCAAAUUGAGAUCGAUUCAAGUUCGCUAAAUUCGUCAAUAGGAUCUGAACCAGACAUUUCAACACAGAAAACUAGCUCCAGCUCAAAAAAAUUGUUCUUCACAAAAUUAUCAUCAUACCCAGCUAAAUCGAAAAACACUAAUAAUGCUUUGUUCACAGAAGUUUCCUUAGUAGGGAGCUUAGGCUUGGAGAAUCUAUUGUCUACAAAAUCAUCAACAAGUUCUGAAAUUCCCUCAAACUCAAUCAAUCCAAAAUCAUCAACAAGCGUGAAGGACGGUUCAUUACCAACAGAAUCUGCUGCAGAAAGUUCCACGCAAUCAAGUAUAUCAAGCUCGGAGAAUACCUCGUCCACAGAAGGUUUCUUAGAAGAUCUAAUCAUAAGGUCGAAAAGUCCUUUCUCUACAGAGUCAUCAACUGAGAUUGAUUUAAGUUUACGAAGAGUCUCAACUGAAUCUGCUCCAGAAAGUUCUACCCAAGAAAAUAGUGCAAGUUCAGAAAACCCCUUGUCCACAGAAUCAUCAGCGGAAGUCAUAAAGGAUUUUUCGUCAUCGGAAUCAUCACUACGAACCUCUAAAAAUCCGUUGUCUUCAUCAGAAAGUUCGACACCAGAUAGCGGAUCGUUAUCUGAAAAUCCGUUGACCACAGAUUCUUCAUCAGAAAGUUCGACACAAGAUAGUGAAUCAUCCUCUGAAAGUCUGUUGUCCCUAGAAUCAUCAACAGAACCUUCAUCAGAUAGCUCGACGCCAAAUAGUGAAUCAACCUCUGAAUCAUCAUCUAUAGAUAGUGAACCAACUUCUGAAAGUCCGUUGACCACAGAACUAUCGACAGAAUCUUCAUCAGAUAAUUCAACCGAAGAUAGUGAAUCAACCUCUGAAAGUCCGUUGUCCACAGAAUCCUCAGUAGAGUCAUCAUCAGAAAGUUCGACGCCAGAUAGUAAAUCAACCUCUGAAGGUCCGGUGUCCACAGAAUCAUCAGCAGAGUCUUCAUCGGAUAGUUCGGCGCAAGAUAGCGAAUCAACCUCUGAAAGUCCGUUGUCCACAGGAUCAACAUCUAUAGAUAGUGAAGCAACCUCUGAAAGUCCGUUGACCACAGAACCAUCGACAGAAUCUUCAUCAGAUAAUUUGACGCAAGAUAGUGAUUCAACCUCUGAAAGUUCGUUGACCACAGAAUCAUCGACAGAAUCUUCAUCAGAUAUUUCGACCCAAGAUAGUGAAACAACCUCUGAAAGUCCGUUGUCCACAGAAUCCUCAGCAGAGUCAUCAUCAGAAAGUUCGACGCCAGAUAGCGAAUCAACCUCUGAAAGUCCGUUGUCCACAGGAUCAUCUUCAAUAGAUAGUGAACCAACUUCUGAAAGUCCGUUGACCACAGAAUCAUCGACAGAAUCGUCAUCAGAUAAUUCGACGCAAGGUAGUGAAACAACCUCUGAAGGUCCGUUGAUAACAGAAUCAUCGACAGAAUCUUUAACAGAUAAUUCUACCCAAGAUAGUGAAACCACCUCAUCGAUAGAAUCGUCAACAGAUAAUUCGACGCAAGGUAGUGAAUCAACCUCUGAAGGUCCAUUGACUACAGAAUCAUCGACAGAAUCUUCAUCAGAUAAUUCGACCCAAGAUAGUAAAACAACCUCUGAAAGCGCGUUGUCCACAGAAUCAUCAUCAGAAAGUUCAACACAAGAUAGUAUAUCAACCUCUGAAGGUCCGUUGUCCACAGAAUCAUCAACAGAACCUUCAUCAGAUAGCUCGACGCUAGAUAGUGAAUCAACCUCUGAAAGUCCGUUGUCCACCGGAUCAUCUUCUACAGAUAGUGAACCAACUUCUGAAAGUCCGUUGACCACAGAACCAUCGACAGAAUCUUCAUCAGAUAAUUCGACGCAAGAUAGUGAAUCAACCUCUGAAGGUCCGUUGUCACCAGGAUCAUCUACCGAAUCUUCAUCAGAUAAGUCGACGGAAGGCAGUGGGUCGAUCUCUGAAAAUCCGUUCACCACAGAGUCUUCAUCAGAAAGUUCGACACAAGAUAAUGAAUCAACCUCUAAAGGUCCGUUGUCCACAGAAUCAUCAACACAACCUUCAUCAGAUAGUUCGACGCAAGACAAUGGAUCAACCCCUGAAAGUCCGUUGACCACAGAACCAUCGACAGAAUCUUCAUCAGAUAAUUCGACCCAAGAUAGUGAAUCAACCUCUGAAGGUCCGUUGUCACCAGGAUCAUCUACCGAAUCUUCAUCAGAUAAGUCGACGGAAGACAGUGGGUCGAUCUCUGAAAAUCCGUUGACCACAGAGUCUUCAUCAGAAAGUUCGACACAAGAUAGUGAAUCAACCUCUGAAGGUCCGUUGUCCACAGAACCAUCAGUAGAGUCUUCAUCAGAAAGUACGACACAUAAUAAUACAUCAACCUCUGAAAGUCCUUUGCUUACAGGAUCAUCAACAGAAUCUUCAUCAGAUAAGUCGACGCAAGAUAGUGAAUCAACCUCUGAAAGUCCCUUGUCCACAAAAUCAUCGACAGAAUCUUCAUCAGAUAAGUCGACGCAAGAAAGUGAAUCAACUUCUGAAGGUCCGUUGUUCACAGAAUCAUCAGCAGAGUCUUCAUCAGAAAGUUCGACACAUGAUAGUAUAUCAACCUCUGAAAGUCCGUUGUCCACAGAAUCAUCAACAGAAUCUACAUCAGAUAAUUCGACGCAAGAUAGUGAAUCAACCUCUGAAAGUCCCUUGUCCACAAAAUCAUCGACAGAAUCUUUAUCAGAUAAGUCGACGCAAGAAAGUAAAUCAACCUCGAAAGGUCCGUUGUCCACAGAAUCAUCAGCAGAGUCUUCAUCAGAAAAUUCGACACAAGAUAGUAUAUCAACCUCUGAAAGUCCGUUGUCCACAGAAACAUCAGCAGAGUCUUCGACACAUAAUAGUAUAUCAACCUCUGAAGGUCCGUUGUCACCAGGAUCAUCUACCGAAUCUUCAUCAGAUAAGUCGACGGAAGAGAGUGGGUCGAUCUCUGAAAAUCCGUUGACCACAGAGUCUUCAUCAGAAAGUUCGACACAAGAUAGUGAAUCAACCUCUGAAAAUCCCUUGUCCACCAAAUCAUCCACAGAAUCUUCAUCAGAUAAGUCGACGCAAGAAAGUGGAUCAACCUCUGAAGGUCCGUUGUCCACAGAAUCAUCAGCAGAGUCUUCAUCAGAAAGUUCGACACAUGAUAGUAUAUCAACUUCUGAAAGUCCGUUGACCACAGAACCAUCGACAGAAUCUUCAUCAGAUAAUUCGACGCAAGAUAGUGAAUCAACCUCUGAAGGUCCGUUGUCACCAGGAUCAUCUACCGAAUCUUCAUCAGAUAAGUCGACGGAAGACAGUGGGUCGAUCUCUGAAAAUCCGUUGACCACAGAGUCUUCAUCAGAAAGUUCGACACAAGAUAGUGAAUCAACCUCUGAUAAUCCCUUGUCCACAAAAUCAUCGACAGAAUCUUCAUCAGAUAAGUCGACGCAAGAAAGUGGAUCAACCUCUGAAGGUCCGUUGUCCACAGAAUCAUCAGCAGAGUCUUCAUCAGAAAGUUCGACACAUGUUAGUAUAUCAACCUCUGAAAGUCCGUUGUCCACAGAAUCAUCAGCAGAGUCUUCAUCAGAAAGUUCGACGCAAAAUAGUGAAUCAACCUCUGAAAAUCCCUUGUCCACAAAAUCAGCGACAGAAUCUUCAUCAGAUAAGUCAACGCAUGAAAGUGGAUCAACCUCUGAAGGUCCGUUGUCCACAGAAUCAUCAGAAGAGUCUUCAUCAGAAAGUUCGACACAAGAUAGUAUAUCAACCUCUGAAAGUCCGUUGUCCACAGAAUCAUCAACAGAAUCUGCAUCAGAUAAUUCGACGCAAGAUAGUGAAUCAACCUCUGAAAGUCCCUUGUCCACAAAAUCAUCGACAGAAUCUUCAUCAGAUAAGUCGACGCAAGAAAGUAAAUCAACCUCGAAAGGUCCGUUGUCCACAGAAUCAUCAGCAGAGUCUUCAUCAGAAAAUUCGACACAAGAUAGUAUAUCAACCUCUGAAGGUCCGUUGUCCACAGAAUCAUCAACAGAAUCUGCAUCAGAUAAUUCGACGCAAGAUAGUGAAUCAACCUCUGAAGGUCCGUUGUCACCAGGAUCAUCUACCGAAUCUUCAUCAGAUAAGUCGACGGAAGACAGUGGGUCGAUCUCUGAAAAUCCGUUGACCACAGAGUCUUCAUCAGAAAGUUCGACGCAAGAUAGUGAAUCAACCUCUGAAAAUCCCUUGUCCACAAAAUCAUCGACAGAAUCUUCAUCAGAUAAGUCGACGCAAGAAAGUGAAUCAACCUCUGAAGGUCCGUUGUCCACAGAAUCAUCAGCAGAGUCCUCAUCAGAAAGUUCGACACAUGAUAGUAUAUCAACCUCUGAAAGUCCGUUGUCCACAGAAUCUUUACCAAAAAGUUCGACGCCAGUUAGUGGAUCAACUUCUGAAAGUCCUCCGUCCACAGGAUCAUCAACACAAUCUUCAUCAGAUAAGUCGACGCCGCAUAGUGAAUCAACCUCUGAAAAUCCGUUGUCCUCACAAUCAUCGACAGAAACUUCAUCGGAUAAGUCGACGCAAGAUAUUGGAUCAACCUCUAAAAGUCCGUUGACCACAGCAUCACCAUCAGAUAGUUCGACGCAAGGCAGAGGAUCAACAUCUGAAAGUCCAUUGACCACAAAAUCAUCAACAAAGCCAUCCACUGGUACCACACCGUUUACCCCGUCCCGAACUCCACAGAGUUUAACAACUUCAACUAAAGGAAAUAUUUGGUCUACUACAUCAACACAAUCUUCAUCAGAUAAGUCGACGCCACAUAGUGAAUCAACAUCUGAAAAUCCGUUGUCCUCACAAUCAUCGACAGAAUCUUCAUCGGAUAAGUCGACGCAAGAUAUUGGAUCAACCUCUAAAAGUCCGUUGACCACAGCAUCAUCAUCAGAUAGUUCGACGCAAGGCAGUGGAUCAACAUCUGAAAGUCCAUUGACCACAAAAUCAUCAACAAAGACAUCCUCUGGUACCACACCUUGCACCCCGUCCCGAACUCCACAGAGUUCAACAACUACAACUAAAGGAAAUAUUUGCUCUACUAGAGCAACAUCGUGCACCAACGAUAGGAAUCCUAAAAGUUCAACGCAGGGUAAGGUAGGUAGAACAUCUACUUUAGAACACUCUACGGGAAGAACGGCCAGUAACCAAGAAGAAAGAACUGAUUGCAGCAACUUGCUCAAUGGAGUCUUCCUAAGGGACGCUCAGUCAUGCAAUAAGUAUUAUGUAUGUCUGAAUGGAAAGCCGAUUCCCGGACACUGCCCCAGAAAUCUGAACUUUGACAUUAAGAGGAAGGUCUGCAAUUUUCCCAGUCUGGUAGAUUGCUCCAUCAAUGAGGUUCUGGAAUCUGUUACGAGACCAUCGAGCCCAGAAUCUGCUCCUGACUGCAAAUCAUUAAAAAAUGGGGCUUAUGUUCGGGACUCACGGUCAUGCAGUAAGUUCUAUAUAUGCGCCAAUGGACGGGCUAUAUCUCGGCAGUGUCCUAGGGGUCUACACUUUGACGUGAAAUCAAACUUUUGCAAUUACCCAAGCCUGGUUCAGUGCUCAAUAGACGAGGUCCAGGCUGAUUUACAUCAGGCAUUACUUACAGAUAAAGUGCCGGAUUGCAGCAAAGUGGAAGAGGAUACACGAUUCAGCGAUAUCAAUCAGCAUAAUAGGUAUUAUGUUUGCCUAAAGGGAAAGGCUGUGUUGCAUUACUGCAGUCCUGGAAACUGGUUCGACCUCCGAAGUGGAAAAUGCCUCGAUGAGCGACUGGCUAAGGUGAAAGAACCAAAGAAGCCUUAAGUAUCAGUGACAUGAUCUUUAAUCUAGCUUUAGGAACUUGGUGAUAGGGAUUAUUCUUAUAAAAAUAUAAUGGGUGAAUGGGAAACAUAACAUGUAUCAUAUUAUUUUAGAGUGGUUACUGACUCAAAAGUUACAAGUAGACUCUAGUACGACCUAGCCAGUUGAAGAGUAAAAUGGAAUUACUCGAAAUGUCUAGGAUUUAUUAAACGAAUAAAAAUUUACAAACUAUCUAUUAA